AUGCCGAUGUGCAUCCACUGCGCAACGCCCAUCGCCUCGCUCUACAUGCGCUAUGGGCGAGACCACAUCGUUCUCACUCCAUGCACCUCGCCCGUCUGCUCGCCUUCUCCUUCAGUCGCCUCUGGGUCCGCCUCGGCGGUGGUCCUAGCAGACUCGUAUCUGGAACACGACCUUCCGAUCGUGAUCAUCGACCUCAUCCUAGCCAAACCCGCGGCGUAUCGACACCUGCUCUUCAACCGGUCUAGCAUCUUGCGUCCCUCGCCUUCGGUCACACCACACAGCUCGGGAGGCAAGGGGGAGGUGUGGGCGCUGUUCAAACGGAUCUUGGCUCUGGGGUUGGUAGAUGCGUAUAUCCGGUGGUUUUAUCUGUGCGUUCAGCCGCCGGCCCCACCCUCUCCAGUCACAGCCGGCAGGUUGUCGGGAAGGCUGGUAAGCUGGGCGCGAACAACCCUGCCGGUGCAUGCGGGCCUGUUCUUUCCCUCAGCCUUCACUCCGCGUACCAACGACAAAGCAGUGCAGGCCGUCUGUAGCGCCACUCCUCUCUGGAGCGCGGGUGAGACGGUGCAGCAGGGGGCGGAUGCGAUGCUCCCCACCCUCGUGAGCUAUGCCAACGUCCUACUCAUCACCCUGAUCGAGACUCUCGCUCUGCAGCUCUGCGUCGGGCUGCUCACCCGCUACGCCAUCCGCACCCUCUCCCACACACCGUCCAGCACAAGCAAAACGGAAAAGGACCAUCCAGUGAAAGAGACACCCGACCCGCUGAUCGGAUGCAAAGCCCUGCUGCUGUCGCAACUCUCCCCACUCUUGCUGCUGUCAUUCGUGUUGCUGUGGAGCUCCAAAUUCCCUCACUCCCACCAGCCGAGCGUGCAAGGGGAAGACAGGAGCUGGAUGGUCUGGAUCAUUCGCACUUUCCUGGCGAGUUUGAAUGCGGGUGUUGCCAUUGCGACUGUGCUUCCGACCAGCGGAAAAGCGGGAAGGGGCAGGUGGUGGUCCCCGUUGAUACUGGGCGCCGCGUGGACCGUCCAGGCGGCAGCUAGUGCCGGCUUGUACAGCUGGCUCUCUUGA